AUGUCAAAUUUGGCCUCAAAAUACGAAGGUCCGAAUCCAAGUAUCGCGAGGUCUUUACUAAGCUUUCCCUUGAAUCCUGAAUAUCUUUAUAAUCUUUUAACUGAAUUUAUUUCCUCACAAAAUAUUAAUAAUGUUGGUCAAGAAUACUUGUUUGACUUUGGAGCUUCAUUAUUUUAUACAAUUCAACAAGUUACACACUUGAAACUUUCAUCAAAUGAAGUUAAAAAGAAAGAGAAAGCUGAAUGGGUUAGGAUAUUUUUAAAGGUUUUUAUUGAACAAGGUUUUAUUGGGUUUAUUAUGUUAAGUGGUUUGUUAAAAGGAUAUCAAAUAAUAAAGUCCAAUGAGAAACGAUUUCCAAUAGGUGAACUUAUCACUGAAGUUGAGGAUGCUUUUUUAACAAGUUUAGAUUCUGUUAUUAAAGAAAAUCAAGAUAUAAUUGUUCUAGAUGAACAAAAUAAAAUGAAUCCUAAAAAAGAAAUUAUUGCUUAUAUAUGUGGACAAAUCAUUCCAUCUAUACCUUAUGAACAAUUGAUAAAAUUUAAUUCAAAGGGAAUUAUUAUGCAAAUUUGUUCUUCAAUAAUAUUUGAAAAUCCACGGAUAUUUCAAAAUGGAGUAUUUAUAAAGAAUAUUACUCAAGAUAUUUUAAAUGAUAAUAACCAGAAAUGGACUACUAAUUCUAAAUCUUAUAAAUCUCUACAAAAUAAAACUAAUGAUUUCAUUUUUAAGGAAUUACCAAGGAUUUCUUGGGGAAUUAGUAAAUUAGUUUUAUUUGUUGACAAAAAUGAGAUAAUAGAUUUAUUAAACUUGACUUAUUCUUUUGCUAUAGAGUUAUUUAGAUUAUGGGAAGAAUGUCCAUUGAGUUUAGUAGAAAAAGAAGAAUCAUUAGAUGAAGAAACCAAAAAAGCUACUCCUUUAUUAUGGUUAAUUUUUAAAACUCUUUUGUUCUCUAUAACAAUGAUAUUUAAAUCAAUUGUGGAUCAGUCAUUGUUUCAACCAGAAAUAUGUGAAAAACAAGUUUUGGAUAAGUCAUUGGAUGAUGAAAUAGAAGUAAAUUCAUUAAUUGAGGUAUGCAGACCUUUGGAUGGAAACAAUUCACCUUCCAAUAAAAGUAGAAUUACUUAUUACUUACUUGUAAUUGAGCAACUUAUGAAAUCAAUAAAUGAUAAUAUGGUGGAACAAGAAAUAUUACCCUUUAUUCAUAAAUAUAUUAAAGAUAAUAAAGAUUCUUUAUUAUUUGAAUCUGUACAUUCGGGUUAUCCCAACAUCUUUUCCAUCAUCCAAUUACGAACUGCGUAUAGUGAAGUCAUCAAAUAUACUUCAGAAACUGAUGACGUCUUGUGUUGGUUAUGUUUAGAUAGAUUAAUUAAAAAAAUUGAGAGUAUUACUCCAGAAUCCAAAGAAUUAAAUGAUCAUUCAAACCAAUCUUUGAAAUUUGAAUCUACUUCAUAUAAUUCAACUAAUUUAUCAGAUUUAUCAUCUAGUCAAAGCGAAGAUGAUUCUACAAAUAACAUCACGUCCAUUAAUAAUGAUCCAGAAAGUAUUCAAGCUGUAGCUUUAUAUCUUCGUAGAGGUCAUCUUCUAUUAACACUUAUUGAUCAAGUUCAAUUCGUUAAUUUAAUAAUUAUAAAAACUUUAUUAGAAAAAAUUAAGGAAUUUUUAGAGGCUGAACCAAAUGGAAUUGGUAAAUUGGCAUUAAAGAAAGUAUUGUUUGAUACUUUAAGUAUGGGAUUAGAUUAUACAAAGAAAGAUGUAUGUGUUAAAUGGUGGUUAUCAGAAGGAUCAAAAAUUACUGUGUCACAAUAA